AUGACACUAGAAUUCGACGGACAGUUGGCUACGUUGGAGCUGGCUUGCGCGAUAGCUACUUUUCCGUUGGGCAGUGAGAAACCGAGAAACUAUUCUUCAAAGAUGCCAAGCUGGUAUGGACAAACGGCUCCAAAUACAUCCGAUAGUCUUGAAUAUUAUCUUCGUUUGAGUCCCGAUACAUUGUUCUUUAUUUUCAAUCAUAUGGCACUCGAGCUGCAAAAGCCCUCAAAAAACUAUCUUGACGCUAAAUAUUUGACGUGGUCCCAAAGACACGAAGAGCCAAAACAAACCACUGCCGAUCAAAGAACUGACGGUUACCAAUAA